GCGCACGACCUCCCCCCCAUUUCAUUUUCUCUUUUCUUUUCCGUUUUUCCUUCUGCCCUAACGCAAUCGCCCCUCCCCAUCUUUGUUCGUGUCUACGACCACCGCCCCAACCUCACGUCGGCCACGUCGGCCGUCUUUCUGAAUCGCCGUCGUCCCGUCAAGGUUGAAGUCGAAGAGCCAGUUCGCGUCGCGGGUCGUUUUCGCUCGGCUGGUCUUUGUUCGCGACUUCCGACCAUCGACUGUUGCAGAAACUGUUCUCCGCCUUUUUGUAGUGUGGUCGCUCUCCUCCGUGCAUCCCUUCCAGUCAGACCGAACCGCCCACACCCUCUGUCCAAAUCUGCCUCCAUUUUUGCAAAGCGCCGCCGUGUAUUUUCCCUUUCUUUCAGCCGCCGCGUGACCUUCUGCUUUUCCAGCCGCCGCGAGAUCCUUUACCUUUCAGCCGCCGCGUCUGUUCGUUGGCCGACAAUAAGGUAGCAUCGUGCUUCUUCUUCCAGUCACGAUUCAUAACUUGUCGUACACUCUAAUCUGUUUGUACGAUCUUUGUCGUAUAAGUUAGAUCGUCGCUGCCGCUGUUUUGUUGUGAGUUCUCUGAUAAACAAAAUUAAUAAUUUCUGCGUAAUGGAUUGUUAAGAUAAAUAUCAAAUGUUUGGUUAAUAUUGUUCUCGAAGGUGUUGGAAGUGAAGUUGGUUUCUUGUAUUCAUAAGCAAUACUUGGUAAGCUAGAAUCUACUUUAAGGAGAAAUUAGUGGAAGUGUGUAUCGUGAUAGAUGGUCAGUCGUGCUUACUCCACCACAAAGAGACUUUGAAGAUAGAUAUAACAACGAUGAACUUGGUGAUACAAUACUACAGUGUGAAGGAAUACCCAAUGGUAUGCCAGAUGUUGACUUAAAUAAUGACUUGGAUGACAACAUCUUAACAUACGUACGAGCAGAUUGUGAAGGCACAUGGAUACCUACAUAAUAUUAUAAGCCUUUGAUUCAUACAUCACAUGGAUAACUUUAGUGAUGAAGAAGCUGGUGUUGAAAAUGAAACCCCAAAGCAGAUAUGUAGACCACGAGGACCAACUAUUAUGUUCGAUGUCACUCGCAUUAGAAGUUUGGGAGAGAAGAAGGUGGUGAUGUACAAUGAAGACGGAGUACCCAUUGGUGAGAAUGGAGCAAAGUUGAAGUCUUUCAUAGGAUCUGCGACACAUUAUCAUGUCCCGAUCACAUAUUCAUCGUGGAAAAGUGUGCCGGUAGAGCUGAAAGAUAAAAUAUUCAGUACGGUUGAGGCCGCAUUCGUCAUUGAUCCCAGAUCGAGGAAAAAUAUUAUCCAAACUGCUGGCAUUUCGUUUCGUCAGUUUAAGUGUUGGCUAACAACAAAAUAUAUUAUGCCACAUAAGGAUGAACCACAACUCCUACAAGUUCCACCAGAAAAGUAUUCAUUCAUUGAUCAACAUCAUUGGACAGAAUGUCUAGAUUGUGUGAAACUUUUCAGGAAAAAAGACUUCUCCAACAAGAUAGACGAUCUAAGAACAAGUAUAACCAUAGGAUUUCGAGGAAGGGUUAUGCCAAUCUUAUCGAGAAAAUGAAAAAGGAAGGUUCAAACCAACAAGAGUUGGAUCGAGCCAUCAUGUGGAAGAAGUGUCCACUACAAGUCGGGAGUACUGAGUGUGGAUACUACGUCAUGAGGUAUUUGAGAGAAAUUGUGACUAGGGGAAGCAUUGUCAUAUCUGAUGCGAUUGAUACACGAAGAUCAUACUCACAGGCAGAACUAGACGAGGUGCGAGUUGAGUUAGCUGACUUUUUGGGUUCUUACAUAUGACUAUGACUAAUAUUUUGUGAUUCUGAAGUAGAAAGUUUUUUGUUGUGCCGCUUCUUUAUGACCUUAAACUUUAUGUAUAGAAACUUUAGCCUAUAAAACUUUAUGUAAAGAAAUCAUGGACUCGUUGAGGAAAAUGUUUGGGUAACCAUCGUACUCUCUAAGACAUGAGGCAAUUAAGCAUAUUUACACCAAACAGAUGAAGGAAAGUACCUCUUGUUGGCUUUUUGGCCCUUAAUCUCAAA